AUGCGAGCUCUCCAGAAGAAUGGCACAUGGGAACUCGUGCCAUUAUUGAAAGAUAUCAAGCUAGAUUGGUGGCGAAGGGCAAAUCUCGAUUGGCCAUUACAUCAGUUUGAUGUAAAAAAUGUUUUCUUACAUGGAGACUUGGAAGAAGAAGUAUAUAUGGACUUGCCACCAGGAUGUAACUUAGCUCGUGACAAGGAGAAUCAAGUUUGCAAGCUCAGAAAGUCAUUGUAUGGGUUAAAGCAAUCCCCCAGGACAUGGUUUGGCAGAUUCACUAAAUCUAUGAAGAAUUUUGGAUAUAUACAGAGUAAUGCAUAUCACACUUUGUUCUUGAAGUGUGAUGGAAGAAGACUUACAUCAUUGAUUGUUUAUGUGGAUGACAUAGUCGUAACUGAAAACGACACAGGAGAGCAACUGAAACUGCAGAAGUAUUUGUCUCAGGAAUUUGAGAUGAAGGAUUUAGGUGAUCUGAAGUACUUUCUAGGAAUUGAAGUAGCCUGGUCCACAACUGGUAUAUUUAUGUCUCAAAGGAAGUAUGUAUUAGAUAUGCUCACUGAAACAGGAAUGCUUGGAUGCAAACCUGUUGAUACACCUAUCGAGAUGAAUCACAAGUUAUGUGAAGACAUGGAUCAAGAACCAACCAAUAAGGAACAGUACCAACGCCUUGUUGGAAGGUUGAUAUAUUUAGCUCACACAAGACUAGAUAUUGCAUAUGUUGUGAGUGUGGUUAGUCAGUUUAUGCAUUCACCCAGUGUAUCCCAUAGGAAUGCAGUUGAUCGGAUCUUAAGAUACUUAAAGUCAGCACCUGGGAAAGGGUUAACGUUCUCCAAAAAUAGAGGUCUUGAAGUUGUUGGAUAUACAGAUGUUGAUUGGGCUGACUCCGUUACUGACAGACGCUCUACUUCAGGUUACUUCACUUUUGUGGGAGGUAACCUAGUCACUUGGCGGAGUAAGAAACAAAAUGUGGUUUCUCGAUAUAGUGUUGAAGCAGAGUAUUGA